AAGCAGGAAAAGCAGGAAGAGUAUAUAUACAGUUCGAGAAAAGUGGGAAAAGGCGGACAGCGAUGAUGUCGCCGCGAUCCGCGUGUCUUCCCCUUCCGAUCUUCCCCCUUCCUGCUUCACGCUUCUACUGUUUACCCCGCGAUGACCACUGUACUGGGCCGCCAGGGCCGUUGAUUUGGGUGGCCGCAUUCGUUUCUACAAAUCGAGAGAAUACCAUGACUUCGCCUUUGGACCAGCUCGUCAAGGGCGCUCCGGUGUCGUCGACUGCCCGCGCUCCCACGCCGGAGCCGUUGAAUCCCACCCGACCACCAACAACGUCGGACUCGUCGUCCUCGCAGCGGCCCUCAACACCAGAUCCUCUAGCCACACUACCUUCCUCCCCACCUCAAAUAUAUUUGAAUCUGUUGAUUCUCGAAGCCUCGCUUCGUGCACAAUACCUGGCACUGCGAGAGCGUCGCCGCCAAAACACCUUCUUUCUGCUACUCCUUGCAGCUUGGAUCGCCUACUUUGCAUAUGCAUUGUUCCUGCGUCCCCGCGAAGAUGGACGCGGUGUGGGUGGCUCGGUAUACUGGGUGAUUGAAAUGGGAGAGAAAGUCGCUCUUCUUGGUGGGGUAGUGACAGCUCUGCUAGUUUGGGGAACAGGGCAGUGGGAGCGCGGUAUCCGCUGGCCCCGUCGGUGGCUGGCGGUUGCGAAUCGUGGCCUGCGCGUGAUGAACACCAAGAUCAUCGUGAUCCGUGGGCCUUGGUGGCAAGAGAUGCUCUCCUACGUCUCCUUCCUCUUCCCUUUCUCCGCGCCAUUUUUCCCUUCGUCGUCGGGCAAUUUCCACCUCGUCGAGCGGCACCCGUCCGAUAAGCAGCGUAGUCGGCAGCACUACCAGCAAUACUAUAAUGGCGGCGACAGCGAGUCCGGCCUGGUGGAAGAAGACCUCAGUGCCGGUGGUGACUAUAUCCGCCUACUUUUGCUACCCAAAUCAUUCUCACCCGAGUUCCGCGAGAACUGGGACGACUAUCGUACCGACUUCUGGGAUAAGGAAAACGAGCGCCGAGCUCAGCUGCGUCAUAAACUGCGCGAGCGUGAGCGCCAGCUUGCCCAGGCCGAGGGAGGCUGGUUUUGGCGUCUUGGAUUAGGCUGGCGCGCCUCGCAGCGCCGCCGCCUAGUAUCAGCCACCCUCCACAAAUCUCUAGAAUCAGAGUCCAAGUUCCGACCCGGCGCUCAUCAUCAACAUGCCCCAUCCGUCUCAUCAAGGCUCAGCCAGGAACUUCGCGCACCUGCUACCCGCCGCAACACCAGGUCCGAAUCAUCUCAUUCUCGGACCUCCUCCCGCAGCUCCACCCCAGUUGAUGUUGAUGACCGGCCACCUUCUCGCUCCUCCGCAACUGGCCGUCCCCGUCGUGGGAGCACCACUCCGUCGAUCUCGGGGCCAGAAGCGAGCCCUCAACAACGGAAACGCAAAGGCUCUAAAUCACUACGUCGUGGGUUGUCGCCUCUGACGCAAGCUCAAAUUCGGGAGGGUGUUCGCACGCCGUCGUUCUCGUCGGACGAUUCUGGUAUAAUGCCGAUGGAGAGCAAGGACAAGGAAGCUAUUCCUACCUCUGCCCCUGAUGCGAGUCCCUCAGUUUAGACUAUAUGAUAAUUUUGGGCCCUACUCUACUAUGAUGCCGUCUCUUUCUCGUGCUGCGCCUAGGUGUUGAUUUGAGAUUUCCCCGUUUGUAAUAUUCCUAGCGUUCGUGGCAUAUGAGUUCCAUCAUAGAUAUCAUUCAUUUGCAUGGGCCGUUGAACAUGUGUCUUAUUGAGAUUUGUUGCAAGAGGCAGAAGUAGCCCGAUGGUAUUCUCUGGCAUCGUCAAGAUCUAGUGCCUCCGGGGGCCAAUCAAUUGAGACGCCUUAAAUUCAUCCAUUUCUGUUGAUCCUUUGCCUUGCACAAUUCCCGUCCAUUGCCCUUGUUAGCGUCAAAGACAUGAAUCUGAUCGAGACGUGUGUAUAGUCUAAGGGAUGGAUACCAAACAUAUGACCUCAAUAGCAAGUAAUCAUGAUUAUCAGAGGAUUCAGAUUCAAUUGUCGAUACCUUAGCAUCUAGAACCACUUGCUCAUAAUCUUCUAG